AGUCAAGCUCGCUGUCUUAUAGGUGACUCGUGUGAGCUCAUGAGGCUCCUGUAAAGGCCAGACUCAGCUAGGAUGUUACACCACCACUGCAGGAGGAACCCUGAGCUACAGGAAGAGUUGCAGAUCCAGGCUGCCGUGGCCGCCGGCGAUGUUCACACCGUGCGCAAGAUGCUGGAGCAGGGAUAUUCUCCAAACGGUCGGGAUGCCAAUGGCUGGACCUUGCUUCAUUUCUCUGCAGCAAGAGGCAAGGAGAGAUGUGUCCGUGUUUUUCUGGAACAUGGAGCUGAUCCCACAGUUAAGGACUUAAUUGGAGGCUUCACUGCUCUGCAUUACGCAGCCAUGCACGGCCGGGCGAGGAUCGCGCGCCUGAUGCUGGAAUCUGACUACAGAAGUGACAUUAUUAAUGCCAAGAGCAACGACGGCUGGACUCCCCUGCACGUCGCUGCUCACUACGGCAGAGACUCCUUUGUCAGGCUCCUCCUGGAGUUCAAGGCUGAGGUUGAUCCGCUCAGUGAUAAAGGUACUACACCACUCCAGCUGGCCAUUAUCCGGGAGAGGUCAAGCUGUGUGAAAAUCCUCCUGGACCACAAUGCCAACAUCGACAUUCAGAAUGGUUUCCUGUUACGAUACGCUGUGAUCAAAAGCAAUCACUCGUACUGCCGAAUGUUCCUCCAGAGAGGGGCCGAUACAAACUUGGGGCGCUUGGAAGAUGGACAGACACCCUUACACUUGUCUGCUCUUAGAGAUGAUGUGCUUUGUGCACAAAUGUUGUAUAAUUACGGAGCAGACACUAACACAAGGAACUAUGAAGGACAGACCCCACUGGCUGUUUCAAUAAGUAUUUCUGGAAGUAGCCGACCCUGUCUGGAUUUCUUACAAGAAGUGACAAGACAGCCCAGAAACUUGCAAGAUCUAUGCCGAAUUAAAAUCCGUCAGUGUAUAGGCCUUCAAAACCUCAAACUGCUUGAUGAACUACCCAUUGCCAAGGUCAUGAAAGACUACUUAAAACACAAAUUUGAUGAUAUCUGAUAUCCAUGAAGAGAGGAACUCUGAGCAAGUUUAGUUCUAUUCCAGAUACUGAAGAGGCUUGUUGCCUUGCAC